CCAUCCAAGUCGUAAACACAUCUACCCACAUACACUCCUCUCAUUUACUCUCAAUAACUCCACAUUGUGAGAAACAAUGGCAAGAGCUGGGACUCUGGAAGUGGACGUGGAGAUCAAAUCCCCGGCGGACAAGUUCUGGGAGAACAUCAGAAACUCCACCACUCUUUUCCCCAAGGCCUUCCCCGACCAGUACAAGAGCAUCGAGGUCCUCCAGGGCGACGGCAAGGCCCCCGGCUCCAUUCGCCUCUUCACCUAUGCUGAAGGAUCUCCGCUGGUGAAGGUGUCGAAGGAGAGCAUCGACAGCGUGGACGAGGAGAAGAGGUCGGUGUCGUACAGCGUGAUCGAAGGGGAUCUGCUCAAGUACUACUGCAGUUUCAAAGGCCACAUCGUGGUUGCUCCCAAGGAGGAAGGUUGCCUGGUGAAAUGGACGUGCGAGUACGAGAGGGUGAGCGACGAUGUGGAGGUUCCGCACGUGAUCAAGGACUUUGUGGUCAAGAACUUCAAGGAAGUUGAUGAACUGGCUCUGGCGGCUUAAAGAAGAAGAAGAAGGGCGCGCGGCUAGUUGUUCCGGUCCAGAAAGCUGGGAGAUCUAGUCCGAGGCGUGCUAUUAUGAUAUCUAUGGUUGUUUGUUCAAUUGAAUAAGCUGCUUUUGCGUUGUCAUACUCAUUUCUCAUAUGCAU